AUGUUGCUUCGAUGUCUUUCGAGUGCUCGUGCUUUCUUCAGUGUUGUAAGUGCCGAAACAUGUAUACAGUGUAGUAAAGGUAAAAUUAUCACGUUUAGUCGACUAACACGAAGUUUGUGCACAACGAACGUACAAUGUCCUACUGUUGGUGAAAUUAUUGAACAAUGGAGCGACCGGUUUAAGAACGAAGGUAUUCCGGAACCCAUAGAAUCGAUCGAACACAUCGUUGCACACGUCAUAGGCAUUAGCAAGACAUUAGAUGUUGUGAACGCGCGAAGUAAAAGACUUACGUCGGAUCAGCGUGAUACACUGGAUUCGUUGUGCGAAUGCCGAUUAUCUCGAAUGCCGGUUCAAUACAUAAUAGGAGAAUGGGACUUCCAAGAUAUUACUUUAAAAUUAGUUCCGCCAGUUUUCAUUCCACGACCAGAAUCUGAAAUGUUAGUUCAUUAUGCUUUAAAGGCAUUAAAUUCUUCUGAAAAUAAAAAACAAGAAAUUUUAGAAGUUGGAUGUGGUUCUGGAGCCAUAUCUCUUGCCAUCGCUCAUACUAACAAAACAGUUAAUUGUAUAGCGAUCGAUUCAAAUCCAGACGCAUGCGAAUUAACAAAAGAAAAUAGAGAUAGGUUAAAUUUAAAAGAUCGAGUUGCAGUUGUGCAUGCAACCCUGAAAGACGAUGGAUCGAUAGAAAUAUCGAAUGCAUUAAGUGAAACCAAAGAACUCGAUUUUAAUUCGAAAAUUUUCGAUGUAAUAGUUAGUAAUCCUCCUUAUAUACCGACCAAACAGAUACCUACAUUAAUUCCAGAAAUUAAAAUUUACGAAGAUCUAACGGCACUUGAUGGAGGAGACGAUGGCUUAAAAGUCAUUAAACCUUUACUAAAAUACGCUGCUACAGCUUUAAAGCCGGGAGGACGUUUGCUUUUAGAAGUUGAUACAAGUCAUCCUGAAUACAUACUUUUUUUUACAAAAAAAUAUUCCGUUCUUAAACUUCAGUAUGUACGUACAUACAAAGAUUUUUGUAACAAUGAUCGAUUUGUCGAGAUAGUGAAACUUUCGUAAAAGGGUUUAAUGUACAAAUAUUUUUUAGAAUAAAUAAAUCAAAAUAAAAUACA